AUGAAGAUCACGACUAGUCUAACACAAGCCUUGGCCUUGGUGGUCUCCCUCGGGGCAACCGUCGAGGGUAAAGACAAAUAUUCCCGAACUGAGGCAUGCCAUCCAAACCACCCACUCAAGCCUCUUCCUGCUAGUCAGCCCAGAACUCGCACAUGUCAUGUAUCCAGCCAUGGACAUGGGAAAGACGACUCGGCAAACGUUCUCUCAGCGCUCAAGAAGUGUAACAAUGGUGGAAAAGUCAUUUUCGAUGCCGACAAGACAUAUACUAUCGGAAAAGCACUGGACAUGACGUUCCUGAAGCACGUGGAUUUGGAGAUCCAAGGUCACAUCCAAUUCACCAAUGACACCGAUUAUUGGCAGGCAAACGCGUUCAAGCAAAUCUACCAGAAUGCCACCACGUUCUUCCAGCUUGGUGGUGAAGAUGUUAACAUGUACGGUGAUGGCACUCUUGAUGGUAAUGGACAGGUCUGGUAUGACCUGUAUGCUGAAGACGCUAUGAUCUUGCGUCCUAUCUUGAUGGGUAUCAUUGGGCUCAAGGGAGGUACCAUUGGUCCUCUUAACCUUCGAUACUCACCUCAGUGGUAUCAAUUCGUGGCCAAUUCGUCCGAUGUCCUUUUCGACGGCAUCGAUAUUACUGGUUACAGCAGCAGCUCUCAUGAGGCUAAGAACACUGAUGGAUGGGAUGUUUAUCGGUCGUCGAACAUUGUUAUCCAGAACUCCGUGAUCAACAACGGUGACGGUAUGCGAUUACUUCCAUUGCUCAUUGGUAUGGCUGUUCUAAUUGAUUUGAUAUCUUCAGACUGUGUCUCGUUCAAGCCUAACGUGACCGACAUUUUGGUCCAGAACCUGCACUGCAACGGCUCCCACGGCAUCUCAGUCGGCUCUCUGGGACAGUAUCCGGGCGAGGUUGAUCUUGUGCAGAAUGUCCUGGUAUACAACGUGUCCAUGUUCAAUGCUUCGGACGGUGCUCGCAUCAAAGUAUGGCCCGGCAUAUCUUCUGCACUUUCAACCGAUCUUCAAGGUGGCGGUGGAUCUGGCCUUGUGAAAAACAUUACCUUCGAUGGGAUGACCAUUGACAAUGUUGACUAUGCUAUUGAGGUCACUCAGUGCUAUGGUCAGAAGAACUUGACUCUUUGCAAUGAGUACCCCAGUAACCUUGCCAUUGAGGACAUUUAUUUCAAGAACUUCAAGGGCGUGACCUCAAGCAAAUAUGCCCCCAAAGUCGGUACUAUCGUAUGCUCCAGUCCUGAGGUCUGCUCGAACAUCAAUGCCAGUAACAUUGAUGUCUCCAGCCCUGAUGGAGAUGACCAGUUCACUUGCACCAAUGUUGAUGACACUCUUUUGGACGUUAACUGUAAAGCCGCUACUUAA